CAGUGAUAUAGGUAUAUACUGAAAAUGGAUAAAAGGUACUAUAACUUUCAGUUUAAAAAUCCUGAUUUUGAUACGUUGGGCUAUAUAAUUGGUACAGCAAAUUUUGAUGAUAAGCACGAUAGAUCAGCUCCAUCAGAUUACCAUUGGAAAAUAUUAAAAUGCAGGAUGAUCAUAUUUUCGAGUUCAUCCAUUCUAGCAUGCCCAGACAAUAGAGAUUUGAAACGUGUACAUAUAAUCUUUAAUAAGAAAGCAGAUGACUAUGAUAAAAUAAAUUCUAUGUUUUGUAAAUAUUCAUUGACCCAUGAUGGCGAUGUAAAAGCAAGUACAGCUGAGUUAUUUCAAAUGUGUUUCCAAUACACGAUGUCAGCAAGGAUGGCGCCAAUUUGGAAUACUUUGGGCAGUAACUACCUUAUAAACAACAGAGACUUCCUUACCACCAAAGGUCAUCAAGAAGGAUUGAAAUACCAAAUUAAAAGUAACGAUCAAACAACUUGUAUUAGCUUGAAGCCCAUCAAAAUUAUUUUACAUCAAGUAGACGUUGAAGCUAAGCCUGGCGAAUAUGUACGGGUUCUUCCGAGUUUGAACAAGGCCACCGUGGAAGAUUGUUGCAGUUCGUUACCGAAGUCAGGUAGUUUUAAAUCUUACAAGGAUCUGCGUCGUCACUGGAAAAAUAUUCAUGGUUAUCGGUUACCAGAACAAGAAAGUUCGUUUUAUUAUCUGAUUCAAUUCUGGCGGGGCGAUCCUUUGACUUAUCCUAAGCAUUGUGUGAUGAGAAAUUUUCCUACUGUGACCCCCGUUCCUAGAUCAACAGAGAAAAUUAUACUGUCAAGGUUUAUAAGCUGCUUAAAUAUUAAAUUUUUAAAUUUGCUUGGACACCCACUCUCGAUUGAGCAAAAUGACGGUGUUAUCAGUAAUCGGAACCGUGUUGUAGAUGACAAUGUGGUCGAGACACAAAAUGUAAGUCUGUGCACACCGACACAAACAUAAGAUAUCAGCAGAAUAAACGCAAAAUAUAAGCCAGCUUGGUUACUAAACUUCCUUUUCUAUAGGAAAAUAAAUAUAAAAUUGCUUUGUU